AUGAACAGUGAUGGUAAAGCAAAAAAACCAUCCCUUGUCUCUCGUCUAGAGGAUGCCAUUACUAGAUUUUUCUACGGUCCCAAGGCAGCGAAGGCUGCUCUGCUGUCAUAUAAACUUGGAUUACAGUCUCCGUUGUGGCUAUGGACGCAUCAAACCUCAGAAGGUGAUGACAAAAAUGCCAUGUGCAACCAAAAAGAGAUGCUAAAACUGUGCAACCUCGUCGAGUGGUUUCUGCAUAACAACGUUGAGGUCACAAAAAUUGCAAUAAUCGUUCCAUUGGAGCUCAAGACAGUGGUUAAGCGGCAGCUGCUUACUACGGCAAGGGACCGAUCCAAAGGGGAAGUUCCACUGCCGGUCGUUUUGGCUCACCACGAGCUGGCGGCUAUCAAUCGUCGGGAUGACACCAAAUACAUGUACCAAGCUGUUCUCUAUGUAUUCGGACUUCCAGCUAGUCAAGGGCUCCUUUCAAGAGCUAUGAGCCAAGAGGACUUCAUUGGUGAUGCUCUUGAAGCCACACAGAAUGGAUUUGUCCUCCUCAUGGACGCAGGAUGGAAGGCUUCUGUGUUCACAACAAAGUGGCCCCAGUGGAAGAACUUUUUGGAAAAACUCCAAGACGAGCAAGUUCACAUUUCUAUGUCUGAAACCAUCGACUUGAGCGAUGAGAAAAGAAGGACAAUGCUACUACCCACGCUGGUGGGCUCGGGCAUCCCCCUCUGCUGCGCACACCACCCUAAUCAAAGGCAGAUUGAAUACGGCUUGACGCCGAUUGUCGCCACGUGCAGGCGUUUUUGCCUACAUCAGUACAACUGCGGCAAGGCAGGGCACGUCUGCAGGGAGCCCUGCCACCCUGCUAUACGCCAUGACACCUGCCCCUUUGCUUGCCAGUCAAGGAUGACAUGCGAGCACGGCUGCUUGAAAACCUGCUCCGAGCCUUGUGACUGCUUUCAGAUCAUUGAGCGCCCGCUGAGCUGCUCCCAUUCGAUCGUGCUAGGUCUUGACAAGGAAACCCUUGAACCCAUUUAUGGGACCGUGCACCACGUCUUCAAGGGCAUCUGCGUUGAUGCGGAGCUGCCCUGUGAGGUGGAGUACGUGACGGAAUGCAGCCGGUGCCUUGGGCCCCUGCAGGUCAAGUGUUUUGAGGCGCAGCAGCAUCAGCACUCCCUGGAGCACCGCACGAUGGUCUGCAGCGCGUGUAGGCGCCUAGAGCGAGAGUUACGUGCUCAGCUUCUUGGCACAGUUCUCCUCGGUGCUGAGGCGGAAAAGGAACGUGUGAAAGUGGAAAUGCAGCGCACUUUGCACCAGCAGCGGAAGGCUGCUGCACAGGGCCUGUUUCGUCCUGGCGCAAGGGUCGAGAUCAUAGACCCCACCAAGUGCAUGCCGCCACUUUUUGCCGAGGAAGACUUCCCAGGCGUUGAGUUUGUCGAUAUGAAUGAACCGGGCUUUUUCGAAAAAAUGGAAGGAGCUUAUGGAACCUUUGUCAGCAACCACGUCGACGUAAUGGAUCGAGGAGAGCUGCGCAACCUUGUUAGGCUCCCGGAUGGUCUCCACGUCCUCGUAGCGGACGGGGGGCUCCGCAUGAUUCGAGCUCUAGCAGACGUUGUGAAACCCUCCACCAAGCUGUUGCUGAGGAACGGUGAGACUUCUUCUGCUGCCUUGGAUGUCGGUGCUGCGGAUUCGGAUCGAUUUGCUGACUUCGCGGUUGCCAGGGCUAUGGUGGGUGAGCUGUUCUACCUCUCGCAGCCGGUGCCGUGCCCGGCGUGGGAGCCGUCCGGCAUCCUCAGCGAUAAGGUCGUGCGGGUGGUGGGAAUCGACCCGUCCUCGUCGGCGCAUGUAAUGGCCGAGUGCUCUAUCAUCAAACUCUUGUCAUGCAGCACCGAUCCCCCCACUCGCAUCGGGGAAGCCACAUCCAACGGGCAUAGCGUAUCCCAUGAAAACGAAAGUGAACCACAACUGAAGCGUUGCCGGACCAAUGAUGAGGGUGUUUCCUCCCCUUGCCAUUCCCACCAGAGCAAUAACAAUAACCUAUUUUCAAGCUCGAACUAUCGACAUGAGGAGAUUGUUUUGGAUGUGCGUGUACCGAUAUCCUAUCUAGACUCCUUAAAGGGCUAUCAGCGUGGACGGUACGUAUUUGUCGUAAACCCCGAGCGGCAAAUCGUAAACCCGCACGAGGUGGAGAUGAUGGAGGCAGCCAUCCAACGCAUCAAAUCGUUGGGGAUGUCGUGCGCUUCUGUCUGUGGCGUUCGCGUUCUCGCGGACACCCCUUACGAGCUUCAAGGCAUUGUGAACCCUCCUUUGAAUUUGGAAAAGUCUAAUAUCGGUCCAUGCGCGCUCUUGCGGCCUCGGUGCGAUCAUAUCGUCAUGACACCCACUCCCCAGCGCAAGACGCGCUCAAAUCGGUCGUGCAAAACGGAUGUCGCCACUCACCACCAUUCAGUCAAUACCCCUGGUACGGGUACCCUUCCAUUAGUUGUCAUCCCUUUCAUGUUCACCCUACCCGACGAGUUAACCGAGGCUGAGAAUGCUCUUGAUGCGGCUGCCAUGAAGCUCUUCGAGCAGCGCCUACAAGAGUCCUUAGCUCAGAAAUGUGAGGAGCUCUCGCUGCGCCACGACGAGGAGGCGUUCCAUGCCCAGCAACAAAUGCCCGAGGUAACCCCUGAGGUAUUGGCUGCAUACCGACAGGCUUUUAGCAUGCCUGAGGCGCUGCCAACGCCCGAGCAGGCAGCAGAAGCGAAGCGUCGAUACACUAAACUCCCGAGGGCCUCGCUUGCCAGCACUCGCAUCAUUCAGUCGAAAGAUAUCCUAGCGAGUAAGCAGGAAGAAGAGCAGGUGUCCCAAUGGGUGGCAAGUAUAUCGGAUCUCUUUAAAAAUAACUCCGCGGCGGACAGCUUAUACAUCCGUAGGCUGCAAAUGCAACAAAAGUUUCGCUAA